CUCCCCUUCAUGAAUGAGUUCAACGUUAUGUUUCAGGGUGGUGAAUCCAUGAUUGGCUACCUCCACACCGAGAUGACUAGACUGCUUCGAAAGUUGAUGGGGCGCUUCACAACCACGGAAGUUAUCCGUGAUGCAACAGAUCUCCCCAAGGUACCCUUCCAGGUUCGGGAAAACCAACAUGAUGAUGAGAGACUAGCUGUUGGCUGGCGUGUUAGAGAAUACCUCGACAACAGUGAUGUGUCCACAGAGAUAACAAAGAAAUUCUUCAGUGAUGUGCGGGUCUUCUAUGAGAAGAUGGUUGCUACUAUGGUUGCCAAGUUCCCAUUCAAAGAUGCUACCCUUCAAUCACUCAGCUUCUUAAAACCAGACCUAAGGGAUACUAUUAAAGCUUUGAAAUUUAUUUUAAGCUGCAGAAUAUUUUAA